GAAACCGCUGAGCGGAAGUCAACGUCUUUCGAAGGCGGGUUCAUAUGUGUUGCAUGAUCUACACGUUUUGUUUCCUUAAUCUGUUUUGCUCCAGUUUUCUAUUGCAAAUUUCCAACAUUUAGAUUUGAUAUAUUUUGAAAAUAAUUAUAUUUAAUUGUUUAAACGAGGAACGCGACUUAUUAAGAUGGGGUAUAUGGUCGUGGAGAAACACACAUCUGAUCUUCUCCAUUUGAAGAGGUCUCCUGGGAUUAGAUCAUGGUCCCUCCUUGUUGGAAUUGCUUCAGUUGGACUAGCAGCAGCCUAUUACAGCGCUGACAGCAUAUUAUGGAAGAUGUUCUACGUGACUGGCUGUUUUUUUGUGGCUCUACAGAAUAUGGAGGAAUGGGAGGAGGCAGUGUUUGAUAAAUCUAAGAAUGAGAUAGAAUUAAAGACGUUUAGUCUCUAUAGCAUGAUAUUGACUAUGUGGAAAAGAGGACAUGAGAGAGUGGUGUUAGAUCUGCGGCACCUGCGGGACGUGAGUGUUCAGGAGGAGAGGGUGAGGUAUUUGGGGAAGGGUUACCUGUUAGUGCUGCGUCUAGCGACAGGCUUCUCUCACCCUCUUACACAAAGUGCCACGCUGGGCUCACGCAGUGAUGUGGAGGCACUUGCUGCGCUUCUGAAGCGCUUCUUGGGUCUUGAAGAGUUACAGCAACGUUUGGCAGAAGAAGAUUAUCCUGAUGAUGACGACAUUGAAGAUCUGGGAUUGGGCGAUAGCAGUGAUUCAAAAGAUGAAGAUGAACAUUAAAAAACCUCAGGGAUAGAUGGAAAAUGGUGGAAGACACCGUAUCAAGCCUUACAUGAAACAACCAAACAUUCCAGUCUUACAAACAUCCUGAUGACAAUCUCAAAGUAUUAUCUCUUAUUGUUGCAUUCCAUUUUCACUUGCAUCUUCAGAGCUAUUACCAGAUGACAUUCAGUGCUUUUGCAUGAUUUUUCAUAUAUAUAUAUAUAUAUAUAUAUAUAUAUAUAUAUAUAUAUAAUUCAACAGUAUGUGAAAUAACUGCAUGAAGAAUUCCCUUUCUUUGGUCAAAGAUCGUGUGGUCUGAUCCACACUGUGCCUUUAUACGCUGCAUGAGUGAAACUGCAAAACCGUGAUGUGUGAAAAUGGAUUUAACACUGCUUGAAUGUUAUACCCUUAGUGGUUUGUAAUUUUAAUUUUCUUUUUGUAAAUAUGUAAAUAUUAUUUUGGAUACUAAAGCCCAAGUUGUUGUUUUUUUUCUUUUUUACUUUGUAAGACUCUUGAGCAAGAAAAAUAAUAUUAAACGCAUUGAAGCUGCUUAAAAAUCA